AUGCUGAUAGACGAUGGUCUUGGGACGGCGGACGGCCCUCGAGACCAAUUCCAGAUCUUGAUCAAUGGCCAGAAAGACCGGAGCGGGCAAGUAUUGCAGCAAGUGUUGGUUCCCAGGGCGCCGACGCAAGAAGUGGUGAAAAGGAUUCCGCUGUUCAUAGGAGGAUUUUACGAGAACGAACAGCUACGCCUAGUAGAGAAGACAGCAGUCGUACGACGAUGUCCGGUUGUGAAUGGAAACUUAUCGCAUCGGCGGGACUUGGCACUUCGUUGA